UCGAGUUUUGUGUGUGUUGUCUGAAUUUUUUGCUGCUUCAUCAUUUUACUGUGGAAUCCUUAAGUAUGUGUUCACAAUUUUAAAGGAACUAGAAAUAUCUUCCUCUUUUUUCCAAAAUCUCACGAAACUGUGAGUCAAAAGGAGAAGUAAUAUAUUUGAAAGCAUUUGUUUUCUUUAUUUUCCCUUGAAUAUAUUUAUUUUAUUUUAUUUUGAGAAGAUUUUUUUUUUUAUUUAGUUUCCCAUCUUUCCCAGCGGCGCUUGAAUGCAGCAUAGUUUCUUUUUCGGUGCAGACGCAGAACUUUGCACCGGUGCUGCGUUUUUAGUGAACUCCGCGCAGAGCAGAGACCCGCCGCUCGAGCGCCUCUCCUGCUGCGGGGCCGUGCGGGGGGAAACGUUGCGGCGUUUCCGGGCAGAUCCGUGCAGGAAAAGCGCUAAACAUCAUGUCCUUCCGCUACCUCCACAAAGUUGUUGUCGUCACUGGAGGGUCCAGAGGGAUCGGCCGAGGGAUCACCGAGGCGUUUGUGAAAAAUGGAGCCAAAGUGGUGUUUUGUGCAAAAGAAGCAGGUGAAACUGUUGAGGCAGAACUGAACAGAACCGGACCAGGAUCCUGCAAGUUUGUGAGAUGUGACGUCUCUAAGGAAGAGGACAUCAAGAGGUUGAUCUCAUCCACGGUGGAGCUCCACGGACACAUCGACUGCCUGGUCAACAACGCCGGCUGGCAUCCUCCACACAAACCCACUGAUGACACCACAGCAGAGGAGUUCAGGGAUCUGCUCAACCUGAACCUCAUCAGCUACUUCCUGGCUGCCAAAUUUGCAUUACCGUAUCUGCGACAGCGUCAGGGAAACAUCAUCAAUAUUUCCAGUCUCGUGGGCUCUAUCGGUCAGAAAGAUGCUGUGACGUAUGUUGCCACUAAAGGGGCGAUCAUCUCCAUGACGAAGGCCAUGGCUGUGGAUGAGAGCCAGUACCACGUGAGAGUGAACUGCAUCUCUCCAGGUAACGUGAUGACGCCUCUGUGGGAGGAGCUAGCUGCACAGACAGCAGACGCCGCCGCUGCAGUUAAGAUGGGAGAAAACGCUCAGCUGUUGGGCCGCAUGGGGACUGAGGCCGAGUGUGGACUGGCAGCCUUGUACCUGGCCGCCGACGCCACCUUCUGCACCGGCAUCGACCUCCUGCUCAGCGGGGGAGCCGAACUCAACUACGGCUUCAAGAGCCAGAUCCAGACCUGAUUUCCCGUCCCAAACUGUUGGCUUCAACAGACUAACACCCGCUUUAAUCUGAUACUGUUUACUAAACAAAAAAUGGAGAAGUUACUGAAGAAAUAAAGUGUAGUGUUUUGAAGUACA